GAAAGAGGAGUGUGUGUGUGUGUGUGUGUGUGUAUGUGUAUGUGUGGGGCUGCUGCCUCAUCAAAAAUGCCAACACUGCCACACAUAUCUGUUUAUGGGCUCAUUGCUCAGUCCUGUUGUUGCUCAGGGGGACCAUUUGCAGUCACACUUGCAUAAUGAUAAUAAUAGGGUGACUUGGAGUGGUUGUGUUGUGUGUGAGUUCGCCUGUGUGCGUCUGGAUGCAUGUGUUUAUGUGCUUAUUGGCUCCCUCCAUUUCCUCCCUCGAUUCAUCUGUCCAUCUUCAGCUCUCCUCAUCUCACCCGCUCUCACACUUACCUCAAUCAACCCCCACCUCCCUCUUGCCUUGCUCUUCCUCCCUCUUAUCAUGCUCCUGACUUCUCUCCACCCUAUUCCUGCCCCGUCCUGCCUCCAUCGAUUGAGCACCCACACACGUGCCCUGGCAUGACCCUGUGGGCACACCGCAAAGUGCCGGGGCGCAGCCCACUUAAACCAUACAGUGGACGGAAGGUGAUGAUUGCAUCACACGCAUCGUCAGUCUCCUUGUGCCUCCGCCGAAACCAACACCCCACCAACCCAUCAUUAGUUCACAUGCCACAUUGGUGUCCUCUAGACAUGUCCUGGGCAGAGAGAGAGGGUCACAAGUGGGAGCUGGCUACUAAGAACGGAAAAACAGGGAGCGGGGUCGCUUUAAUUUGGACGCCAUCCCCCUUGGCGGAGGAAAAAGGCGCACUUCUAUUGAAAAGGAAAUCAUCCGGAGAGGAGGAACGCUGCUAAACGGUUAUGAAGUUUUAAGAGUGGAUACCACUGUUGCAUCGUGAGCUUGGUCAGUAUCGUUGGAGCAUGAGGAAACCCGUACCACAGAAAGCUAUAGAGUGGAAAGAUGCCAGAAGGAUCAAGCAUGCCCGGAGUGGACGGCCCUCCCGUGUGCCCUCACAGUACCAAGGGCACUUCAGUUGGGAGAAAUACCUGAAGGAGACCGGUGCGAUUGCUGCACCUGCUUCAUGCUUCAGACAGAGUCUCACGCCCCCAGUCAACGAGUUCAAGGCGGGGAUGAAGCUGGAGGCUCAGGACCCACGAAACACCACGUCCACCUGCAUCGCCACAGUGGUGGGCCUGACAGGCUCACGGCUGCGGCUGCGUUUGGACGGGUCUGACAACAAGAACGACUUCUGGCGCUUGGUGGACUCCUCGGAGAUCCAGCCUAUUGGCAACUGUGAGAAGAACGGAGGCAUGCUGCAGCCACCACUUGGUUUCCGUCUCAAUGCGUCCUCCUGGCCCAUGUUCCUUCUGAAAACACUAAAUGGAGCUGAGAUGGCACCCUCUCGCAUUUUUCACAAGCAGGAGCCUCCCGCCCCAGAGCAGAACUCCUUCCAGGUGGGCAUGAAGCUGGAGGCAGUGGACCGGAAAAAUCCCCACUUUAUCUGUCCGGCCACAGUGGGUGCUCUGCGUGGUGUCGAGGUGCUGGUCACCUUUGAUGGCUGGCGGGGAGCCUUUGACUACUACUGCCGGUACGAUUCGCGUGACAUCUUCCCUGUUGGCUGGUGCGCCCUCACUGGAGACAACCUUCAGCCGCCUGGCACCAAAGUAGUGUUGCCUAAGAGCCUUGGGGCAUUGACAGACGGGAGUGUGGAGAGCCCAGCCAUGCACCCCACCCCAACAGUGGGCAGACCUCCAGGUCAGAGAGGACGUAAGCCAGGCCGCAGGAAAACCAAGGUUACAGGGCCCUGGAGUCAGAAGGCCUCAGCAUUGGGACCACAGAGCAUCCAGCCAGGCAAAGAGCUGGGGCCCAUCAAGAUUCCCAAAAAACGAGGGCCCAAACCUGGCAGUAAGCUGGGCUGGGCAAAGAGAGCUGGCUGGCUGGAAGAUGCCAUGGCUGGCCCUGGACGGCCAGUGACAGGCCCAGGGCGAACCAGGGGCAGACUGCCUGCCAACUGGGCACAGAGGAUAGCUCUGCAGCAGGCCCAGACUCAGGCAGAACCUAUCAAGAUCCCAAAGAAAAGAGGGCCCAAGCCUGGCAGCAAGAGAAAACCACGCGUGGUACCUAAUCCAGUCCCCACAUCUCCCACCAGCAGUACCCCAGAGCCUGACACCAGCACUGUGCCUCUGGACAAUGCCACCAUCCCCAACUCUGCACUACAAGCUCCCACAGUUUGUGUGUACCUAAACAAGUAUGGCAAGGUGGGACCCCAUUUGGACCAGCGGCGUAUCCAGCAGCUCCCGGAUCACUUCGGACCAGGCCGGGCCUCUUCGGUGCUUCAGCAGUGUGUCCAGGCUUGUGUGGACUCUGCCCACAACCAGUGCACCGUCUUCUCCUGCCUCAAAUCUGGCCAAGGCGGCGAAGUCAUUUCAGCCUACUUUGACCAGCAGCAGCACACCCUGACCCUGCCCACAGUCAGCAGUGUCACCUACGUUCUCCGCUUCCUGGAAAAACUUUGCCACAACCUUCACUGCGAUCCUCUGUUUGGCAGUCAGCCUGUCGCCAGAGGAGGCCUGCACUACAACAGUCACACAUACACUACAGAGAGGAGAAGUUUUGGUGACAGCUUGACGACAGGCCCGGGCCGAGGCACCAAGAGGUUCCUACAAAACUACAACAGUCCCCUGCCCCAGAAGCUGGCCAAAAUCCCCCGGCACUCCACUGAUGGUGAGUCCUUCAUGGAGAACAGCGUGGCCACAUCAGAGCACUUAAAGAAGAGCCCUCUCUCUCCAAACUCUACGGGACUGACACCCGGACUGAGGUCUCCCUCCAAGCUGCUGCAUCAAAACAACUUCACAGGUGUUUCCCCUGUCUUCAUCGCUCUUUUCCCACCACCACCAGCAAUGGACCUGACGUUGUGGCAGUACCAGUUCAGGAUCAUCAUGCUGGGGGACUCCACGGUGGGCAAGUCCUCCCUGCUGAAACGCUACACUGAGGACCUGUUCCUGGAAUCCAUCAACCAGACGGUGGGUGUAGACUUCUAUGUUCACUUCUUGGAGGUGGAGCAGGGGGUACGCGUUAAGCUGCAGUUCUGGGACACAGCUGGACAAGAGAGGUUCAGGUCAGUGACUCGUUCUUAUUAUCGCAACUCAGUCGGAGGCCUGCUGGUGUUUGACCUGACCAACCGAGCCUCCUUUGACCAUAUUAAGGAGUGGCAUGACGAGGUGUGUGAGCGAGUGCAGCCUCAUAAGGUUCUGUUCGUCCUGGUGGGCCAAAAAAGUGACCGAGAUGCUUUCGAAGAGAGGGUGGUGAGUCGAGAGGAGGCUGAGAAACUGGCUGCACAGCUAGGGCUGCCAUAUGUGGAGGCCUCUGCCAAGACAGGCCAGAACGUGAGGGAGUCCUUCGAACUCCUCACUCGACGGGUCUAUCAGGGUCUUUUGAGUGGAGAGGUAGAACUGCAAGAGGGCUGGGAUGGAGUUAAGUGUGCUGCGCCACAGGCGCUGCAGUUACAGAGAGCCAGCCUGGCUCAGCCCAGCUCAGCCCCCAAGAACAAGAAGUGCUGUGGUUAAAAUGUGGACUGGCGAUGUUCACCCAUUCUUGGAUUUGUAGGGACAUUUUAAAGUGUGACUAUCAACAUACUGAUUUGAAAUGCAUUUUUUGCACCAUUGUCAUGAAGAUAAUCUUUAAAACUCGGCAAGAGACUGAUUCGUUGAAACAUUUUGUGACUUACUGUGUACAAUAUGUUCAUUCACAUUCCUAAAUAAGUGAUACGUGAUUUAACUUUUUGAGUCAUUUUUAGUCACGCUAGUGGCAUGGCUCUCUGGAUGGCAAUGUGGUUGGUCAGUUAGUCCAUCACACUGGUCCAGAAAUAUCUAUAGAACUUAGAAAUAUGGAUGAAUUUCCAUAAAAUUUUGCUCAGACAUUCAUGGUCCCUAGAGGAUUAUUUCCUACUGACUUUGGUGAACCUGACUUCUUGUCUGCACCACUGUGAGGUUGACAUAUGUGAUUUAGAGGGAAAUCUUGACUACUACUGUAUAGAUGACUGUGAAAUUUGCAACAGAUGUUCAAGAUUCCUAGAGAAUAACAUUCAUGAUGCUGCUCUCUUUUGUGAGAUGCUAGGUAUAUCGCUGUUUAGACUACUGUAACAUGAGGUCAUUUCUUACCUUAGCUGAGUAACUGAAGGGGUCAAAUGAUAAUUCCCAAACAGUGGAGUUAAUUUUCCUUAUUCAAUCUAAUAGAACCCAUUUCAGGACAUAUAUCUGUGAUUGUCUGUGUUGCUGGUUUGUCCAUGGCUGGCAACAGUUGGGUCCCCUGGUUGAGAUUAUAUGCAUCACGAUAGGCUCUCACAUAGUAUAGGAACUACUCCUUUGGGCCUGGGUAACUGUCUGGAAAAGUCUUUGUUUUAUCACCAAUAAUUGCUCAGCUUCCUACGAGUGAUUGUUUUCAGGUGCUGCUGUUUAAAUUAAUUGCAUGAAAACCCUAGGGUGCCUUUGGAUAUUGUUCUUUUGAAAUGUUGUGAGAGGUUUCCAUUGCAAUUACUGUUCAUCUGGAUGAUGAACAACCUCCUGGGUGUCUGCAACAAAAAUGUAGGCAAUUUAUUUUGCUAAAAGACACUCAGAUUCACUGAUCAGUUGUUCACUGUUUUGUCUGCACAUUGAUUUCUGUCCUUGGUUCACUGCAAAUAUACAGUAAGUAAAAUUAUUAUAUGUCAAGAUGUUAAA